CGAGGGGAGGGGGAGAGCGGUCGGUCCAUGACAUGAAUGAACCAUGUUCGGUAACGGAGGGUUAGCUCUCCCGGUCUGCUCCUUUCUGCUGCUGCAGCUCCCGCUUCUCCUGCUGGCGAACAACUGGCCCGUUAAGGACAGAAGUGAAGGGAGGGUGGAGCAGCAUCACAUCCAUCUACAAUCACACAGCCAUGGAGGUUUGAUCAGCAAACAAUCAAGCAACAAGGAGGAGGUGUUUCAAUGGUGGGGGGAAUGGUCCAGUUGGUCUUCUUGUUCCAGGAGCUGUGGAGGAGGAGUGAGGAGUCAGGAGAGACACUGUCUCAUACAGAGGCUGUCAACCACACAGAACAACAGCUCAUACUGUGUUGGCUCUCCUAAACAGUACCAGCUCUGUCCAAACCAGCCCUGUCCCAGCCCCAGUGUUAGCUUCAAACAGCACCAGUGUUCCCAAUUUAACUCCAAAGCCUUUGGAAGAAGAUACUACCACUGGGUACCUCUUUACCCAGCUGAUUACAUCAGCAUCUCCAAUAAGCCAUGUGACCUGCAGUGUACAACCAUCAGUGGUGAGCGACAGCUCCUAGUUCCUGCCCACGAUGGUACAUUCUGCCGGGAUACUAAAUACCAUGGCGUCUGUAUAGAGGGAAUAUGUCAGCCUGUAGGAUGUGAUGGGGAGCUGUACAGCAGUAAGGCAGUGGAUAGAUGUGGAGUGUGUGGAGGCAACGGGGAGUCAUGCCAGCGAAUCUCUGGAUCAUACAGGACGGCACUCACACAGUUAGGCUAUGUGUUCAUCACCAACAUCCCCGCUGGAGCCACUGACAUUCAGAUCAUAGAGAGACACAAGACUGAGAACAUCCUGGCCCUGUCGGACGAACAUGGACAUUUCUUCUUUAAUGGAAACACAGUGUUUGACAACCCACAAAACUUCCGUGUGGCAGGAACAGUGUUCAAAUACAGACGUCCAAGCAAUGUGUUCUCUGAUGGCCUGGAGUACAUCAUUGCACAGGGACCAACACUGCAGGGCCUCAAUGUUAUGUACUACAACUUGAAUGGGAAGCUCCCCCACAUCACCUACGAGUACACCAUCCCCCUCGAGUCUUAUGACAUCACUGCUGCAGAGGGUGUCACUACAAGCCCUGGCCACUCCCACCUUAACUUCACCUAUAAUGAGCUGGGAGCUGAUGACCAGUCAGAUAUGCAGCUGUCAGAAGAAGAAGAGGAGGAGGAGGAAGUUGUGUGGGAAAUCAGGACGCCCAGCCCUCCACCGCCAGCGGCCAUGUUGGUCUACAGACCAGCCGAUGUCACCAGUCAUGUGUUCACCCACAAUGAUGUGGAAGAGCAGGGACCUCCUGCGCCAUCAGGUUACCGGAGUUCCUCCAAUUCAAUUGAUGAGCCGUCCACUGUGGACGAAAACACACUGGUGCUCUCUUUUCCAGGUAGUGUUCAUUCAGCAGCUCUGCCUGAAGAAGCCCCGUAUCUGCUGCUGGAGGAGCUACAAUACAACCAGACCCACUCAAACACACACACCCUCACACAGUCAAACAAAUACUCUGUCACACACACUCUCCCUGAGCCUCAUUCACCAGCAGAAACACAAGCGGAUACAUUGUCUCCCGCAGACUCAGAAACACACACAGACACACAGCUGGAAAAACACUCAGACACACAUUCGGUCACGCACACAGAAACAGAACUCGUCCCACACUCGGACUCACCCACUGCCAUCUUGGUGCAGCUGCAGCAGGUGUCUGCAGUCCAGGCAGCCAACACAGAGAGCAAUGACUUUGAUGUGGGUCUCGACCCAGAUAUUAGUCUGGCAGACAUGUAUCGCUGGAAGGUUUCUGCUUAUGCUCCGUGCAGCUCAACCUGUACAACAGGUAUCACAACUAGUUAUGCCCUGUGUGUCCGUUAUGAUGGAACUGAAGUGGACGACAGUUACUGUGACUCUCUGACUAGGCCAGAGCCCACCCAUGAGUUCUGCACCGGGAAGGAAUGUCCUCCAAGGUGGGAGACCAGUGGUUGGAGCGAGUGCUCUCGAACCUGUGGCGAGGGAGUUCAGUACCGCACUGUGCGCUGCUGGAAGAUGCUGUCGCCAGGUCUUGACUCCUCCGUCUAUGAUUCACUGUGUCUGGCACAUGACCUGCACAAACCUGCUAACAGAAAGGUCUGCCUCGGCCAGAGUUGUGGACCACAGUGGGAGGUGUCUGACUGGUCACAGUGCUCGGCACGUUGUGGCUCGCGUGGUGUUCGGACCCGGGAGGUUCGAUGCUCCAUGGAGAUGAGACUAUGUAACAAGUCCUCUCAGCCAAUAGAAAAUCAGGAGUGUGAGGGCCCGCCCUGUGACAGAAGAUGGACAGUUUCCGACUGGGGACCUUGCUCAGGUGUGUGUGGAGAGGGACGGAUGGUGCGUGCUGUGACGUGUCGUUCGUCAGGUGGGUUAGUGAUGUCAGAGGAGCAGUGUGACCAAUCACUACGUCCACUGGCCAUCUAUCCCUGUGGGGACAGAAACUGCGCCCCACACUGGGUGGAACAAGAAUGGCAGCAGUGUAACGCCACCUGUGGCCGGGGGGUGCGACAGCGUCAGGUGGUGUGUGCUGGGCUGGAAGGUGGUGUGUUCAAAGAGUUUCCAGACAGUAGCUGUGACCAAAAUAACAAACCAGAUACCAGCUCCUCCUGCUUCCAGAGACCCUGCUCCAAAUGGUUCACCACAUCCUGGUCCCAGUGCAGUAAGACCUGUGGGAGUGGUGUUCAGGUUCGAGAAGUCAAGUGUUACCAGGGGGAGGAGCUAGUAACCAGGGGCCACAGCUGUGACUCAGCCCUCAAGCCAGAAGCCAGACAGAGCUGUGAGAUCCAGAGCUGUCCGACAGACGCCCCAGCAUCGGCUCCAGUAGCAUCAGUAGCGGUAGACGACUCCUGCCAAGAUAAGCCAACAGCCAACUGUGCCCUCGUCCUCAAAGUGAAACUGUGCUCCCAUUGGUACUACAGAAAGGCCUGCUGCCAGUCCUGUAAGGCACCAAGACCCUGAGGUGUCAACUGUAACCUCCCUCCUUGACCCCUCAACACCAACCACUGGUCACACCACAUCAUUUUUGGUGCUACACAAAAGCCUGCUGCUAGCAAUGUACGGCCUUAGGACAUCAACAUUUACCAUAUUAAUGUUAGCCUACCACUGAUGUCAAAGGUCAAUCUGUGGUCACUGCCUUUUACUUGUCAAUGUUAUUCCUUUACUCUUCUUCUCUCAGUCUCCUAGAAGUGAAUCCUUUGUUUGAGGAAGCAUCAUCACUACUAAGAAUAAUGCAAUCAUAAUGCAAACACUUCUACAGUAAAGUACUUUUGAAGACAGAGCACUGUAGCAAUAUUUUACAACUGAAAAUUGACAGACAACAGACAAGCUCCUCAGACAGAGGCCCUGACCACCUCCUACCCAGACAAUGUGAAGAUAGACUAGCUUUAGACACACUGGGAUGUCUGCUCAUCUGUUUACUCACCUCUACAACAGCACAUGCAAAUCAGCCUUUUAAAAAUAACCUUCCUCCAGUGUUUCCAGUACUUUAUUUUGUAUCUCACCAUUUUAAGGGAUAAGAUCCCUUACGAACUCUUGUUCUGUCUGUCACUCCAAGUAUGCCCCCUCAAGUUCUGUUUAGUAAAUGUCUAUAAUCUAUCAUUACCUCACUCCUUUCUUUAAGGUGCUAUGUUCCAUGAAGAAAUGGUGGAUCCAAAGUUCAUGAAAGACCUAAUGCAGCUUUGUUGUUAGUGUGGCAUCUGGCCAGGACAGACAAGACCAGGGAAACAUUGUGACUGGGGUUCUCAGUGUUUAGUCCUGUCCUGCUUUACAUAAACAGCCUCAUACAGACUGUUGGGUUUGGCUUUACUGCUGGUGCAUUGAUGAUUUGUAAAUAUGCUCUUUUUCUGCCACUGUCCAUUUUGACUAGAAAACAACAAGCUGGAGCUUUGUCCUCAUCCAGCAGGCGGUCCAAACGAACUUUGAGAUAACUGCAACAUGAAGACAGUUAUCAUUAAUUCAACUCACUGCAACAUUAGCUGACAGAAGAAAUCCCAUUCAUUCAUUCAAUGCAUAAUCUCAAAAAAUCUACGAUAAACACAUUCCUUUAGAUGCUGACACUACACUAUAUCAACAAAACUCACUGACUCUGGUGUCAUUCAGAGACAAUCAUGAGGAUGUGUCCUUUAUACCAGCAAACACCAGUCUAGCUUUAGUCUAAACCAACUGCUUAGUGUUUACAUAAAAAGUUGGACUUUUGGGGCAAUUUGUUUAUACGAAAUUGUUUAUGGUCCAAUCCAGACUGCGAUGAGAAUCAUCAUCAUCAGUUUCAUCCCUGUCGGUCCUAAGUUGAUAUAUGUUCAGUAUGUUUUGAGACUUGAUUAGCACAAAGCCUGGGGGUAGUUAGAAACCACUGGCAUACUGUAUAUAACAUACCUAUCUGUCGGGAAUGAUACAAAUCUUCAAACAACUCUUCAGCUGUUAUUUAAGCAUUUCUUCAAGCCUUUGUAGUGUGUCAUUCUAAAGGUGCAUAGUUUGGACAGUUUCAGUAUUACUAUCCAAUCCUUGAAGCAAUUGAGUAAAUGAAAGUGCUAUGAAAAGCAUCAUCUGCAGGUACAUGAAUUCUUAAGAACCUGGGUACUUUCAUGUCAACGUUUCACAUGUGACGGCUCGAGUAGAGACUAAAUGGAACUGCAUUACUGUUGAGUUACUGUACAAGCAGAGCAGAAACAGCGGAGGAACAGGAACGUGGUGCUACAGAAUGCUGGGGCCAAACUCAUCUAUCCAAAACACUGUGUGAACAUGGCUGUUGGUGUCGCUCAGUCCCAGAGUGUUGUUUACCUAUUGUUACA